AUGGAUAAAGUUUGGCAGUUCUUGGACCAGAGUGAUGCCACGCAACAGCAGAUGGUCGCUACUGCUGGCUCCGGCUUUGCAUUUCAGACAAAUUCUACGUAUGACGUGAUAAACCACCUCAAAUUCAAUAAUGCAAAGUCGGUUCGCACAUCUGGCAUUAUUCUGGCCAGCUUUAACGCUGCUAUUGGCCUUGCCAUGGCCAUCGGCAUCUUCUGGGACUGCUAUCUGGCCUCAAGGCGGGCCGUCUCCAGAUUUCGUUUAUACGCCUCGAUAUUUAAAAUUGUCGGACCUGCCGACAUGUUCCCUUUUGUGCUUUCUAUUGGCAUUCUUACACAAGGCGUCAUCUUUGCCAUUGCACAGGCUAGAGGUCUUGAAGGACUCCUAAUCCUUGGAUGCCAACCCAUCUCACAAGUCAUCUUACCAGCCACCUUCAUCGUCACAUAUGUACAACUUGUCUUUGGCAUGGAGACACUGAUACGCGCGCUGCGACCAGGCCCAUUUCCUAAAAUGUCAACCUGGACUUUUGUUGCCUGCAUAACCGUCACCAUUGCCGGCCUCCUUGGCACCUAUGCCGUUUCCAUCGUAUAUAAGGCUCCCAACUUUUGCUUCGGCAGCCUUUUCUUCUUUAUCCAGCGGUGGUCGUUCCAGGUCUUUGUUGUCCUGCUUGUCAUUACAGUAUUCCUGCUUCUUGGCGCAGUGGCUAUCCACUUGCGACUCGGUAAGAAUAGAGAAAUCGCAACCAUCGAGCGCAAGGCAGUGUCUUCCAUGGUUUUAUAUAUGCUUCUCGGUGUCUUGACCAAUGCACUCGUCAUGCCGUUCUUUGGCUUGAUUGCUUUGGGCGAUGCCGAAGCAAACCAAAAGACUCGUCUCAAGUUAUCCAUGGUUGCCAUGGUGUCUGCCAACUUAACCGGACUUCUCAACGGCGGUCUCUAUCUCUUUCUCCGAACAUGCCAUCACGGCAGCCUUGGUCGCAAGGGAUACCACGAGUUUGAAAAGACAACCAGCAAAGACGGCAAACGCCGAAGAUGGCCUCCUCCAAGACUUUCACUCUUCCCCCGUCGCCAGCCAUCCAACAGCAGCACAAACUCAUCGCUCGAUAACGUCAGCGAAGUCGAUGAGAUUGUCUGCAGCCCCUCUGGCUUCACGCCGCGCAACGCUCUUACCUAUAUAACCACAGUGGCCAGCACUCUCAGUCCUAUGCGCCCACGACGCUCGCAUACAGGCUCCAUUGCUACUCUCAACAGCAUUCCCAUCGAGUUGCCGACAGAUUAUGAGAUUACAGCAGCAGAGGAAGAAAUGCUCCGAGACGACGAGAAUGUUCCUAUCCUCGGCGCACCACGACCACCUCCCGCCACUCGCGGAUUCUACAGCCCAUUCCCUAAUAAACGAUCCAUCCAAGGGCUACCGUCCGCUCGCCAUGAGCCAUUCCGUCCUCAAGCACCACCACCUCCACCGCCACCUCCUCCUAUGGCUCAAACUAUCUCACGACCCAACUCCCCCCAGGCCAAGCCGCGACUCCCCCGGCAGUUCUGGUCGCCGGACAGCUUCAACAACGUCUCCUCUGCCCGAAGCUCGGUUGCCACCCCAUCGCAGCCAUGGAUUCCCGGCCAUACUCGCCAGUCGUCGCUUGCAUCGGCGCGGACUGUACAAAUCGGCCUACGAGUGUCGCACCUCCGCAUGCUGAGGGCCAACCGAUCCGAAGACCUAGGAUAUCCUCCCCCAGUUAUCCCUCCUCAUCCCCUCACCGCAGCUGAUGCUGGCUCGCCCAUUACCAUGAGACCAAGGAUGCUGUUCCCCUCGGCAUCAUCCUCGGUUAGCAAGCGCUCCAACACUUCGUCUGUCAACAUCGACAAGAAGCUACCUCCUGUUCCUGUUGAGCCAGCACCCGAGCCUCCCAAGCCAGUCCCGCAGCUUGCUAAGAAAGUCGAAGAGGGUGACGAGGAGGAACUUAUAUUUCUUACCCCCGCCGUCUAUGUUCCAGAACCGAAGAAGAAGGCAUCCCCAGGAAAGGCUUCACCAGGGAAGCCCUCUCCAGGGAAAGCAUCGCCAGGGAAAGCAUCGCCAGGGAAAGCAUCGCCAGGGAAAGCGGCGCAGACAACCAACUGGAGUCGACCAGUGCCUGCACCAUCUCCCGCGGCUUCGGACGAUUCCUGGAUCUAG